AUGCCGGCCCCCCCGAGACCAGCCCUGCUGCUGCUGCUGCUGCUGCUGCUGCACAUCCCACAGGGUGCGAGAGCCCAGGUCAACCCAGCGGUGUGCCGGUACCCUUUGGGAAUGUCGGGCGGGCACAUCCCCGAUGAGGACAUCUCGGCCUCCAGCCAGUGGUCUGAGUCCACAGCCGCCAAGUAUGGACGGCUGGACUCAGAGGACGGCGAUGGUGCCUGGUGCCCCGAAAUCCCGGUGGAGCCCGAUGACCUGAAGGAGUUCCUGCAGAUCGACCUGCGCGCCCUGCACUUCAUCACGCUGGUGGGCACCCAGGGGCGCCACGCUGGGGGCCACGGCAAUGAGUUUGCCCCCAUGUAUAAGAUCAACUACAGCCGGGACGGCACCCGCUGGAUCUCCUGGAGGAACCGGCAUGGGGAGCAGGUGCUGGAUGGAAACACCAACCCCUAUGACAUCGUCCUCAAGGACCUGGAGCCGCCCCUCAUCGCCCGCUUCGUCCGCUUCAUCCCCAUCACCGACCACUCCAUGAACGUCUGCCUGCGCGUAGAGCUGUACGGCUGCGUCUGGCUGGAUGCAGCCAUGUACAACAACUCGGUGGCCCCCCCGGAGGUGUCUGUGGUCCCCACCACUUACGACCCCACGCUCAAGGUAGAUGACAGCAACACGCGCAUCCUGAUCGGGUGCCUGGUGGCGAUCAUCUUCAUCCUGGUGGCCAUCAUCGUCAUCAUACUGUGGCGGCAGUUCUGGCAGAAGAUGCUAGAGAAGGUGGGCAAGGGCGGGGUGGUUGGCGAGGUGGGUGCUGCAGCCCUGGGCCAGGGCACCAGAGAACCCAGGGAGCAGGAGUCCAGCUCCACCUACGACCGCAUAUUCCCCCUGGGACCCGACUACCAGGAGCCCUCCCGCCUGAUCCGCAAGCUGCCCGAGUUCACCCCGGGGGAGGAGGACAUGGGUGAGAGCUGGGACACCCUGCGUACUGAGAGCCAGCCGCCAUGCACCGAACCCAGCGCAGCCCUAGCCCCAGCUUUUGCCAAGCUCCAAACAUUUUGGCACGGGGCCAGCGGCUCCGAGGGCGUCCCCCACUAUGCCGAGGCCGACAUCGUGAAUCUGCAGGGCGUGACAGGCGGCAACACCUACUCGGUGCCAGCCCUCACCAUGGACCUGCUCUCGGGCAAGGACGUGGCCGUCGAGGAGUUCCCCAGGAAGCUGCUAACUUUCAAGGAGAAGCUGGGGGAAGGCCAGUUUGGGGAGGUCCACCUCUGUGAAGUGGAGGGGAUGGAGAAGUUCAUGGGCAAGGACUUUGCCCUGGAGGGCUUGGACGCCAGCUCCAACUGUCCUGUGCUGGUGGCUGUGAAGAUGCUGCGAGCGGAUGCCAACAAGAAUGCCAGGUACGGGUCCUCCCUUGUCCCCCCCGGCAGCUACAGCGACCUGCGGUUCAUGGCCAUCCAGAUCGCCUCUGGCAUGAAGUAUCUCUCCUCCCUUAACUUCGUGCACCGAGACCUGGCCACGCGCAACUGCCUGGUGGGGAAGCAGUACACCAUCAAGAUAGCUGAUUUCGGCAUGAGCAGGAAUCUCUACAGUGGGGACUACUACCGCAUCCAGGGGCGGGCGGUGCUCCCUAUCCGCUGGAUGUCCUGGGAGAGCAUCCUGCUGGGCAAGUUCACGACGGCCAGUGACGUGUGGGCAUUCGGCGUGACACUGUGGGAGACCUUCACUCUCUGCCGGGAGCAGCCCUACUCCCAGCUGUCUGACGAGCAGGUCAUCGAAAACACUGGCGAGUUUUUCCGGGACCAGGGCCGGCAGACCUACCUUCCCCAGCCUGCACUUUGCCCUGACUCAGUCUAUAAGCUAAUGCUCAGCUGCUGGAGACGGGACACUAAAGAUCGUCCCUCCUUCCAGGACAUCCAUCGCCUUCUCCAGGAGUCAGCCAGUGAAGAAUGA